AUGAGUACCUCGACGAUCUUGUUAGCUUUGACCAGUUUUUGCUUAAGUGGUGCCUACGAUUUUUUCGACAAUUACGUGGAGGUUCCAACACCGCCCCCUGAGUCCGUCGGGGCUAUCCCCAAAUGCGGCGAAGGUGUCCAAAAAGGGCGAUAUUUGUGUGUGCCGUACUACAACUGCGACCCACUUACUAACACGGUUGUGGACUAUCCAGAAGUGGAUGGUUCAGCUAUUAAGGAACCGAGGUCCAGAAGUGACCCUCGCUGUGGACACUAUUUGGAAGUGUGUUGUCAGUUGAGUCGUCCGACGACGGUUAACAUAGAACACGCCCCUACUGUCAAUUUCGACUUCAAGCCGACUUGUGGGGUCUCUGACGAAACUGACUGGAUGGUAGGUUUGUUCAACACGUCUGAUAGUACCAAUAGACCGUUUUGUGGAGGUUCUUUACUGUCGCCUGUGGUGGUACUAACCGCUGCUCACUGUGUCGAAAGGUUUCAGUCCAACCAAAUCAAAGUGGCAGUCGGAGAACAAGAAAAAAACGUCUCUGAAGUCAUAAUUCACGAGCAUUAUUUGUCGAGCGCUCUGUACAAUGACGUAGCUAUUUUAAUUUUGAAUAGUUCCUUGGUUGGAACUAACAACAUAGGUACUAUAUGUGUACCAAAAACUCUUGACGAUAUUAAUCAAGAAGAUUGUAUGGUUAGUGAUUCAGACAAUGUUUUUCCUGAAAAAUUGAAGCGUGUGGCGAAAGUACCAAAUAAAGUGUGUCAAGAUGUUUUGAGGAAAAAAGUGGGAGGGCAGUUUUUGUUGCAGCACUCUUUUAUGUGCGCUGGUACCAAAACUGGUGACGAUGUUUGUGUGGGAGAUGGUGGUGGCCCGCUGGUUUGUCCCGAUUCCUCUAAACGGUAUUUCCAGAUUGGUAUUGUUUCUUGGGGAAUUGAUUGUGGUGGUACCACUCCAACUGUUUACGCUGAUGUGGUACAAUUCCGAGAAUGGAUUAAAUACAAGUUAACUGAGCUGGGGUACAGUUCACACUCGUAUUCGAAGAAUGAUUAAGUUAAUAAAGUGAUGUACUUUGUACUUGAAUACAGUUUAGU